AUGGUCAGUCGCAACCCCACCAGCGCCGUCCAGCCUAGCCCAGCCGCACCCACGGCUGGUGCGACCAAGGCGGCUGUCACCUCAAAUGCUUCGGCUCUGGCCAAGUACCUCGAACUGCCCCAAAAUGGCAAGAUCAUGGCAGAGUACAUCUGGAUCGACUCUGAGGGCGGCACUCGCUCCAAGUCGAGGACUCUGGAUGCGAAGGACACUGACUACACACCAAAAGAUCUCCCAAUUUGGAACUUUGACGGAAGCAGCACCGGUCAGGCACCUGGCGACAACAGCGAUGUCUACCUCCGCCCUGCCGCCGUCUUCCCCGAUCCUUUCCGCAGGAAUGGCAACAUCCUCGUCCUCGCCGAAUGCUGGGAUGCCGAUGGAACCCCUAACAAGUUCAACUACCGGCACCGAGCUGCCAAGCUGAUGGAGGCUCACGCCGCCCAGAAGCCAUGGUUCGGCCUUGAGCAAGAGUACACACUUCUCGACCUCGACGACAGGCCGUAUGGCUGGCCCGCCAAUGGAUUCCCCGCUCCUCAGGGCCCAUACUACUGUGGUGUCGGCGCAGGCAAGGUUGUCCAGCGUGACAUCGUCGAGGCGCACUACCGAUGCUGCCUUUACGCCGGUGUCAAGAUCUCUGGAACCAACGCAGAAGUUAUGCCCGCUCAGUGGGAGUUCCAGGUCGGCCCUUGCGAGGGCAUUGAGAUGGGCGACCACCUCUGGCUCGCCAGGUUCCUGCUCCACCGUGUUGCUGAGGAGUUCGGCGCCAAGGUCUCGGUUGAGCCCAAGCCAAUUCCUGGCGACUGGAACGGUGCUGGCCUACACAGUAACUUCUCUACCGAGGAUAUGCGUAAGGACGGUGGCAUGAAGCACAUCGAGGCUGCCAUCAAGAAGCUGGAGGGUCGCCACAAGGAGCACAUCGCUGUCUACGGCGAGGGCAACGAGAAGCGUCUCACUGGCCGUCACGAGACUGGCAGCAUCGAGCAGUUCUCAUAUGGUGUCGCCAACCGUGGUGCCUCCAUCCGUAUUCCUCGCGAGUGUGCCGUAAAACAGAGCGGCUACUUCGAGGACAGGAGGCCCGCCUCCAACGCCGACCCCUACCAGAUCACCGGUAUCAUCAUGGAGACCAUCUUCGGCUCUGCCUAA